CUCCAUUCCACAAUGGCCUCCCUUGCUGCAGCAAAUGCAGAGUUUUGCUUCAAUCUGUUCAGAGAGUUGGAUAACAAUCAAGGGAGUGAAAAUGUGUUCUUUUCUUCUCUGAGCAUCUUCACUGCCCUGGCCCUGGUCCGUUUGGGUGCACGAGGUGACUGUGUGUCUCAGAUUGAUAAGCCAGGACUUCAGUCUCAACUGAAAAGAGUUCUCUCUGAUAUAAACACAUCGCAUAGGGAUUACGAACUCCACAUUGCCAAUGGUCUUUUUGCAGAAAAAGUAUUUGACCUUCAUAAGAACUAUAUUGAGUGUGCUGAAAAAUUAUACAAUGCCAAAGUGGAACGAGUUGACUUCACAAAUGAUAUAGAAGAUACCAGAUAUAAAAUUAAUAAAUGGAUUGAAAAUGAAACACAUGGCAAAAUCAAGAGCAUCCUUCAAGCAGGCGUAAGCUCUUCGGCUGUGAUGGUGCUGGUGAAUGCUGUGUACUUCAAAGGCAAGUGGGAGUUGGCCUUCACCAAGAAUGAAACUGUAAAUUGCCAUUUCAAAUCUCCCAAGUGUCCCGGGAAAGCAGUCGCCAUGAUGCAUCAAGAACAGAAGUUCAAUUUUUCUGUCAUUAGAGACCCGUCCAUGCAGGUUCUUGAGCUCAAGUAUCAUGGUGGCAUAAGCAUGUUCAUUAUGCUGCCUGAAAAUGACCUGUCCCAAAUUGAAAACAGACUGACCUUUCAGAAUCUAAUGGAGUGGACCAAUCCAAGAAAAAUGAGCUCUCAGUAUGUUGAGGUGUUUCUUCCUCAGUUCAAGAUAGAGAAGAAUUAUGAAAUCAAACACCACUUAAGAGCCCUAGGGCUGAAAGACAUCUUUGAUGAAUCCAGAGCUGAUCUCUCUGGUAUAGCUUCAGGAGGCCGUUUAUAUGUGUCCAAAAUGAUGCACAAGUCCUAUAUAGAGGUCACCGAGGAGGGCACAGAGGCCACUGCUGCCACAGGAAAUAACAUCGUAGAAAAGCAGCUCCCCGAGUCCAGGGUGUUCAGAGCUGAUCGCCCCUUUCUCUUCGUCAUCAGGAAGGAUGACAUCAUCUUGUUUAGUGGCAAAGUGUCUUGCCCUUGAAAGUCCAGUUGGUUUCUAUUAUGGUAGUCCAUACCACAUC